AUGAAUAGGAAUACCAAUAUAAUUCUAGUCGUUCAUGAAUUUCUGGAUGUCUUUUCGGAAGAAUUACCAGGGCAGUUAAUAGACCGUGAAAUUGAGUUUAUAAUUGAAGUAGCACUGGGAACUCAACUCAUUUCUAAGACCCCGUAUAGAAUGUCACAAGCUGAAAUGAAGGAAUUAAAGGUUCAAUUACAAGAUUUACUUGAUAAGGGGUUCAUUCGCCCGAGUGUGCCUUCUUGGGGUGCACAAGUUCUGUUUGUGAAAAAGAAGGAUGGAACACUCCGAUUUUGUAUUGAUUAUAGGGAACUCAACAGGGUAACGAUCAAGAAUAAGUACCCAUUACCACAGAUCGAUGAUUUAUUUGACCAGCUUCAAGGGGCACAAGUGUUCUCUAAAAUUGAUUUACGAGUUACCAACGCACCGGCAACAUUUAUGGAUCUGAUGAAUCGUGUCUUUAAACCUUAUCUGGAUGAGUUUGUGGUAGUCUUUUUCGAUGAUAUCCUCAUUUACUCGAAGAAUGUGGAAGCUCAUGAAAACCAUCUUCGCUUGAUCUUUCAGACCCUCAGGGAAAAGAAACUGUAUGAAAAGCUAAAGAACUGUGAAUUUUGGCUACAUGAGGUGGCAUUUCUAGGGCAUAUUAUAACAAAGGAAGGAGUUUCUGUUGAUCCACACAAAAUUGAGGCGAUCGUGAAUUGGCCAACUCUCACUAAUGUAACUGAGCGACGGUGGUUGGAACUUAUUAAAGAUUAUGAUUUACAGAUUCAUUACCAUCCUGGUAAAGCCAACACAGUUGCAGACGCACUUAGUCGGAAGAAUAUGGGAAAUUUGGCAAAUUUGGUUACAGAGCAGAAGGAAUUAGCAACUGAAUUGGAUAGAAUGGAAAUAGAUCUCGUACUACAUGGGCAGGAAGCUAUAAUGGCAGCAGUGAUGGCCCAACCGACCCUACUUGAGGAAAUUAAAUUACAUCAAAUGGAAGAUGAAACUCUAAAGAAGAUAUGUGAUGAGUUAAAGACAAAACCAAAACCAGGGUUCAGCUUAGUGGAUUCGAUUAUGGUGAGAACAAGGAAAGAAGACCCGGAAGAUACUACUUCUGCACGGUUGGAUAGGAUGGAGCGAAUGAUUACGGAAAUGGCGGAGACCCUACGGCAACAACAACAACAGCAACAGCCACAGCCUCAACCGCCACCACCACCGCCACCGCCACCGUCAAGGAAACAAGACCGUUCUGAAUAUGAAGCCCAAUUUGCAGAGCUAGCCCGGUUUGCACCUCAUAUGGCAGACACGGAUUAUAAGAAGGCACGAAAGUUUGAAGGGGGAUUACGGGGUGCUAUCCUGGACCGAGUUAAUAUGUUGAAGCUACCCAUUCAUGUUGAUGUGUUGGAGAGGGCUAUCAUAGCGGAAGAAAAUAUUGCUACUCAGAACCGGAUUUCUGAAUGGAAAGGGAAGAGACAGAAUACUCAAUGGUCAAAGGGGACAACUACUCCGCCAAAUAAGAAACAAAAUUCAGGGACUUCAAAUACUUCUAUCCCUAGUCAAGAUUCAAUUCCUGUUUGUCUGGAAUGUGGAAAGAAGCAUCGUGGAACAUGCCAUUGGAAGUCUGAUGCUUGUUUCCAGUAUGGUAAAAAGGGCCAUUUGAUAAAAGAUUGCCCUUAG